GUUCUUCGUCAAGAAAUUGAUCACUCAAUCGCUGGCGCUAUUCCAAUGGGAAUAGUGACUACUGUUAUAUGUCGCUGACACUCACUAAAACGAACUCUAUAGGUUGGUCUCAAACGGCGGCUCUGUCCAACUUGGAAGUAUCCAUACCGUGGAAAUAAAAAGAAUCAUAUAAAAUAAAUUUAUAGUAGCUAGUCUUUCCAAAUAUCCGACGAAACUUUUUUUACUUCCUAUUGAUUAGUACGUUGCUUAGGCUGCAUCUAUAAAUCUCUUAGCACCGUAUACCUGGUUGAACCAUAUUGAUCCAAGUUCCAAAAAAAUUUCAGUUUAGUUACCAAUCCGAUUUUGAAUCACCUAUAACUCUCUUAGCACCGUAACCUUUCCAAGAUCCAAAAAAUUUCCAGUUUAGUUACCAAUCCGAUUUUGAAAACAUUGGUUAUCCCUUAUAUACUAAAUUGCAAGUCAUUCAACCAAUCAUAUUCUGACACAUAAUAAAUGUAAAAAAUUAAGAAAAAAACUCAAAAAAUAAUAUUUAGAAAAAAGAAAAAAAGUGAUCUGUAAACUACCCAUGAUCAUACUUUACCCAUGAUCUUUAUUUUUUCAUUCUCUUAUAUCUCCCAAAAUUUUAUCACAUUCGAUAAAGAAAAUUAGAGAAACCUUUUUGAUCGAUCAAAAACAGAAUAUAAAGGAUGUAUUCUUCUUCUUUGCUUUCAAAAUCCUAAUUCAUAUUUGGGGUCAUCUUGAAUGUUCUGAGUCACAGAGCGAGUGCUGAUAGAGAGGAUGUAUUUCUAAUGGGGCUAUUUCUCUUCUUUGUACAUUUUUGUUGAUUACGGCAGGGCAUGACAUGCUUCUUGGGAACCGAUUUAGGGAUAGGAAAGCUCGAGAAAGAGUGGACAUGGUGGAUUUGAAUGGCUGGAGAUUCAACUCGAACAAAUAGACUUUUUAACGUGAAGAAAGAGAAGGAGAUAUAAGGAGGAUAGAAGUCAACCACAAAUGAAGAUGCAAACAUUGAAGAAUCAGAAGAAGGGCUUUUGAUAGAAUGGCUUUUGUUAAAAGGCGAGAAGUUAACCUUCCAACACACAGACCGUCUAGUGAACUCGCCACUCGUGGCAGAAGGAUUGGCCAUGCGAGCUGCAGUGAUGAAAUGUAAACAGCUGGGACUCCAGCAUAUCAGUCCCAGCAUAUCCGAUGUGAGUCAGACUCUGCACACAGUGCCGUCUUAAACAAUUUAAUAACUUUGGGCAAAACAUAAAAUCUGGACCCUUUUACCGACAUUUUCGUCUAACAUUUGUCAUUGCAUAUUUUAAAAAAUUGAACCACAAGAACCUUUUGGUAUUAAUUGAACUUUUCUUUAGAAAAAUAGGUCUUUAUAUGAAAAUUAGGCUUUAUAAAUUGGAAAAUUGGGAAUGGUAAACCAUACAUAAUUUUUUUGUUGUCUUUGUAUUAUUUUUAAUUUAUUAUGGACCUUUUUAUUAUAAUUUCACCAACUAUUUGAUAAACUAAUUUAGUGAAAUAGACUUUUAUAACUCAUAAAAUAACAUUAAAAUUUUUUGUGGACCCAUGGCAAAUGUCCAUGUUGCCAUGGGUAAGAGCCGGCCCUGUCUGCACAACUUAUCAAGUCUUGAACUCUAAGCUGGAACCUCCGGAAAUAUCCAGGGCCAUUUGUCGGUUUAACAUUCUUGGCGUGUUACUUAUCGGGUAAAAUCAAAGUCUUUGACAGAAGGGGUCAUGUGGCGAAGCUAUGCCUUGUGUUCUUACCGAUACUCGUCGCAGUUCUUAUCCGAAUAUCACGUGUCGACGACAAUUGGCCGGAGUGAUCAUCGGAAUAUUUGUCGCUUCUUUCUCUUACCUCCAUUUUUUUUCCUUACCCAUUCGACGAUAAUGGUAGUAAACAUUAUUUAUACCGUGAUGUCACUGCUUUCUUGAAUCGAGAUCUUCAAGAGUAUGAAUUUUAUUUUACCAAAAGAAAAAGAUUAUGAAUUUUAACAGGGUGGGCCCCACAUGCAUAUUUUAGAAUGUUGGCUGAGAAGAGUGGUCUAGCCACGACAAUGACACACAGAGCGGUUCUCGAAGGAUGUUGGACGAAGACGUCGAGCCUGGUUCCACCAACUUGCCGCACAAUCGUAAUCGAGAAAGCACUAUUCUGAAUUUUAAAUAGAGAAAAUUGGAAAAUAAAGACAUUUUAUACUUUGAUUUGUGAGAAUAGGACUUUUUGAAAAUUCUUUAGGUAAGUAGGAUUUAUAAUUUUUUAAAUACCAUAUUGCCCUCAAAUUAGCAUAGUUAAAAUUUAUAUAAUUAAUAUUAAUAUUUUGAAAUAUAUUUAACCACUUUUAAAAAACAAAAAAAACAAAAAGUAAAAACAGAAAUUAAAAAUAAAAGAAAAACAAUAAAAAAAGUAGAAACAAAAAUUGAUUUAUCCUAGAGAUUAACGAACCUCUCUCUUAUUUUCUCCGCCGAAAGCUUGAAGCUCCUCCAAUGGCGAUUUUGGCCUGAAGAAUUGGAGAUUUGUUCUUACUCUACGACAUCGUCGGACGCUCUUCUUCUUCUUCCACCAUCAAUUUCAUCAACUUCUCACGUUUCUAAGAAGGUAUGUCUGAGGAGUUACCAAAGCGGUUGUUUAAGCCGGGUGAAGAGACCGAAGUGCAUCAGAUCAAUAACAACUGCAAGAUGGUACGCUAUUUCAAAAGAUUGAUGGAGUGGUUGCCAAAGGAGUUGGAGACAGUGAAGAAAGAUCCUGUUUUUGCUCAGAUUUUUAAGCUGUUCGAUAAUGGUUUGGGAUUCUCGGCGAGAGUGAUACACGGCUUCUUGUGUAGGGAGCUGUUGACUUACAAAGAUCAUGAGCUCUGGUUUGUCUUUGCGAGAAGACCUCUCCGAUUUUCAUUGCUUGAGUUCCACGCAGUUACCGGGCUUCAGUGCGAUACUAGUCUCUCACUUAAGGAGUUGGUUGACUGGGAUGAUGAUGGUGGUUUCUGGAGCUUAGUGAUCAGGACAAAUAAGGGGAUUUCUAUUUUCGAGCUGUGGGAACAUCACAGGGCAGCUGUUAAGAAGUGGAGUAAUGCUGAUCGAAUCAGGCUGGUGUAUCUUUGCAUCAUUGUUUGUAUGGUUUGCGGGAGAGAUGAGAAGGCACCUAUCCCCAUCAAGUACGUGAAGUUGGUGAUGGAUCUUGAGCAGGUUCGAAACUACCCUUGGGGAGUUGCUUCUUUUGACCUUCUAUGCGAGUCAAUAGCUGAAAAACGAGAUAAACUGAAGGAGAAUCCAAAGAGUUACGUGUUAGAUGGCUUCACCUACGGUCUUCAGAUAUGGGCUAUGGAAGCAAUACCAAAGCUUGGAAAGCUCUGUGGAAGAAAACUGAACAAAAGUUUUAAGAACGGUCCUAGAUGUGUAAACUGGAUGGGAGCUGCAAAGAUUUCGUACGAGGAGCUCAACAAGUUGGAGAACAUCUUAACACCCAAGGAUGACAUAUAUCCAUACAUCUCGUGGACUGGGAAUUAUACAGUGUGUGAAAGUCUUCAAUUUAGCAGACGAGAUGAGGUGGAGGAUGAUAGAGUCAAGCUUCUCAUGCAUAUGAUAAUGAAGCAGUUUGACUUCAGUGGUCAUAAUUGGGAGUACGAAGAGACACCGGUCUUUUCUUUUGGGGUUGAUAACAAAGAAGGUGAGAAGGAGAAAGUAGCUACGCAUGAGGGAGAAGGUGGGAGUGAUGAAGAGCCUAACGACAAGGAUGGUGAAGGUGGGAGCGAUGAAGCAAGUGGGAGCGAUGAGGAGUUUCAAACUCCAAAAGGAUCAGCAACCAUAAGGGCGAGAGAUACAAAGGGAAAGAAGAGGCUCCCUGAUCGUGGAAUGGAAAAAAGGAAGCAUAAGGUCCUACAUACUAGACCACAACAGGCGCCCUUUGAUGAAGAUAUGAAGACUUUUGUGACGCAGUUGUUUCAGCAAGGUUUUGCUGCGAUGGAAGAGAGGCUAGAGAAAAAGAUGGAUGAAAAAUUUGAGGGAGUGCAGUCUGAGCUUAAAAAUUCCCGUGGGGAUUCAACCGUCCAAGCUGAGCAUGGAGAUCCAUCUGCGAGCAAGACAGCGCCUAGCCACCCAUCGCCUAGCAAGCUAGCGCCUAGCAAGCCAGCGCAUAGCAACCCAUCGCCUAGGAAGCCAUCUCCUACGAAGCCAUCGCCUAGCAAGCCAUCUCCGAGGAGGUCCAAACGCUUGGUAAACAAGCACUAGUCUUCAUAACUCUCUGCAAUGUGUCUUAACUUCUUUUAGUGUUAGUUUCAUGUGUUUAUCGGUCUUGUGAUGUGUUUUGCAUUGUCUCGUUUUGGAAGUGUGUUUGGUUUGUAAUUGUUGUUCAAAAUCAGGCUUAAUUAUGUAUCUGCAUUAUGAUGUGUGUUUUGUUAUGUGAACUAUGUGUAAGAUAUUUAUAUGAAUUUUAUUAGUUUAUAAAA